UAAGUAAAGGAAUAACCUAACCUCAAAGAAAACAACUUAUGAAAAAAUACAUUUGUUCAUUAGUACAUAAAGAAAUCGAUUGGAUCCCUCUUAUCAACAUAACCCAAAUUAAUAUCCUUAAUUCCAAAUCCAAAUACAAACCAAGAAAAUUCAGAAAAUGGAGAGAAAAGCUGAUCAUGCUACUGCCAACCGCAUCUACGAUGAGUUCGAUCCAGUCUUUAACUGGAAAAGUGAACAGGGAUUCGAAAUUCUCACAAUUAACCUUCCAGGGUUUAGGAAAGAGCAACUUAAAGUGCAAGUAACCUCAACGAGGAAGGUAAGCGUGAUGGGGGAACGUCAUGCAGGAGCCAACAGAUGGAUCCGUCUCCGCAAGGAGUUCCCUAUUCCGGAAAACAUCAAUGUUGACUCCAUCGCUGCCAUAUUUUUAGGCACAAGUCUUGUUGUGAAGCUCCCUAGACUAGAGCCAACGGGGAAACAAACUUCUCCCAUUGGUACAACCGCAGCAAGACCUCCCCUGGUUCAUAAGGAAACCGAGAAGGUUCAACCAACAAAGCCAACAAGAGAGAAAGAAGCGGAACUAGAGAAACAUGCUGAGAAAGCUCAAUUGCCAACGCCAUCUAGAGAGGAAGACAAGAAACGGGCUGAGAAACAAGAAGCUCUUAAAGCUGAAGAGAACGGAAACGUUUGUGAUGGAGUUAAGCAAGAUUAUAGAAGUAAAAUGAAUGCGUACAAGGAGAAUAUUGGAGGAUAUAUGGCGGGAAUGAUGAAGAAUAAUCAGAGAGAACUCACAGUUGGUGUGGUUGCUCCAGCGGCUGCAGUUCUGUUGCUGUCGAUUGGAUUCUAUGCUGGUCAUAUGUUUACUUCUUAAUAACCUCUUUGCAGAUUUCUCAAAGGACGAUAAAAUAUUAUAAGAAAACAUAAUUAAUAAACAACCAUCAAAGGAAGAAACGUUGUUCUGAAUA